UCCUCACCUGUAUUACCCUUCGCCGGCACUCAUCCUGAUCUUCUUCUUUUUUCCUAUCAAGCUUUUUAGCUCGCCCCCGACGCAACUAGGGCAUUUGGAUUGCCCCAAAUCGCAAUGACAAAAUCGCAAUGACAAUGCGAUCUGAUAAAUUCACCGGCUCGGUAAUCAUCGCUUAAGUGAAGCGAACAAUUCCGCCGGAUACAGUUCUCAGGACAUUUCCAAUGGCGAUCUUCAGUCCACUACAAUUCUUCAUUUUCCCAUUCCUCUUCUUCGUCGCCCUUCCGCUUGCCCUUUGCGCCGGCUUCACGACCAUCUUAGCAUUCAUGGUCUUAUUCUUACGCUUGUUCCUCGUAUAUUUCGACGUCGGGCUCGAGACCUUGCGUUAUGUGUUUGUAGGUCAUGCUGCACAUACUCGAUAUACCCCACAUCGGCGGACUCCUUCAGGUACUCCAUCACACUCUUCGGAAUCCUCCCGACCAUCUUCGCCCGAAGCGCGGCAUAGGCGCCGACGCAGCAAGGUACGAGGCAGCUUUAGUAGCGGCUCUGCCACACCUAUUGGUGGCUUCGAUAGUAUGGCCUUAACACCCACCACUGGACUCGAAAGGGACUUCGAGGGUGUAGGAGGGUGGAGAUUAGAUAGCGUGGAUGUCGAUGAGGACGCCGCGGACCAACAGUGGUAUAGUCUCAACUCGCGGCUCGAACUUCCAGACCGCCGCCAUCAUUCCAGAUCACAUAGCGGAAAUGCUUCGUUGGCAGGAAAUAGCGGGCUAGGCCUUUAUAUGAAGGGCGCGAAUGUGCCGGCGGCUUACAAUCCAGAAGGACUAAAAAUGUAUACGCCGCCCAACAGCUCAAGAUCAAGAACACCAACAAGUGGCAGGCCACGUAGCUUUACCAAGCUCGACGAUAACGAAUAUUUUCCUACAAUAGAAAGGAAGCAUGCCAAAAAUGGCCGGUGACAAGAAAUGAUAAUGAGAAGGAUACAACACGUUUGGGAGUUAUUAACAAAAGGCUCUACUCAAGAUAUUUAGUAUAUGUGGGGGUUGUCUUGUAAGAUAGAAAGGAUUAGCGUUCUGUAAAAAGUUUUACGUCUGGGUUCGUGGGGGCAGAAUAAGGAGUUUGGUCUCAAGGUCAGAAGUUAUGGACAACAGGUUUGAUCCCAAUUAUCUGGCAAAAGUGGGAUCUGGCGCUAUGUUGUAUCAUAACCCAAACAUGUUGUAUAAGUGAAUUGGUAUGUGUAUAAGACUCGAUAUAACCU